AUGGUUUUAAAUGAUGCUAUGGAAUAUAUCGAACAUGGCGUCAAAUAUUCAACAGGAACCCUUACUAUUCCUCAGCAAAAUCUUCUUGCUGUAGUAUAUAAAAAGGGAACAUUACCUAUUAUCAGCCUUAGUCAAACUCUUGGCAACCUUACGCACUCUGCAACCCAAUCUUCAUACCCGGAUCAACGUCUUGUAAAAAUGUAUCUUCGAUCUGUUAUCCACAAGGCAGUUGAACGCUCUAUUCAUCUUCUUAUUCUUAUCGACAACAAUAUUUGGCCAUUUUUGGAAACAACUGAAGAAAUCCUUUUCUUUCUCAAAUUGAAGGCUGACAUUAAUCGCCAUUUAUUUGAACUGGGUAGAAAUCAAGAAGGGCACAAUAGGCAGCUUGAACGCAGAAUUAACGCGUACUUACUAUAUCAACAAGCAAAUCAGAAUGCGCAAGAGGCUCUGCAUCCAUUUCAUUCCCUACGACUAUCCAUUACUCUUCGCUUUUGCAUUUUUUUACACAAAUUCUAUGAUUCAACUCCUCAUGCCAAGGAAAAAGCUUUAGCCGCAUUUGAUCAUGCACUUAUUUUGGAUAGCCUCAAAGUAUGGGGAUUAGGAGAAAUACCUCUUCGUCAUAGACAUUCUACAUAUCAAGCUCUUUGCAUAAAAUAUGGCAUCACUAAAAUUGAUAUAGAAACGGCAACACUUGCAGAGGGUAACCAUUGA